AUGACAGAUGGCCGCAAAGAACGUGUGCAGUUCGACAAGAUCACUGCACGUGUCUCAAGACUCUGUUAUGGCCUCGACCCAGAGCACGUGGAUGCUGCAGCCAUCACCCAGAAGGUGAUCUCCGGUGUCUACCAGGGUGUUGGCACCAUUGAAUUGGAUAACUUGGCUGCUGAGACUGCGGCCUACAUGACCGUCACACACCCCGACUACGCCAUUCUGGCUGCCCGUAUUGCCGUUUCCAACCUCCACAAGCAGACCAAAAAGCAAUUUUCCAUGGUCAUCUCCGACCUCUACCACUAUGUCAACCCCAAGAACAACAAGCCUGCUCCUAUGAUCUCACAGCAACAUUAUGAGAUUGUCAUGAAGCACGCCGAAGAGCUCAACUCGGCUAUUGUGUAUGACCGUGAUUUCAACUACAACUUCUUUGGUUUCAAGACCCUCGAGCGUUCAUACCUCCUCCGCAUCAAUGGUGCUGUGGCCGAGCGUCCUCAGCACCUGCUCAUGCGUGUUGCUGUGGGUAUCCACGGCGAGGACAUCGAGAAGGCCAUUGAGACCUACCACUUGAUGUCCCAGAAGUACUUCACUCACGCCUCCCCCACUCUCUUCAAUGCCGCCACUCCUUCCCCUCAACUUGCCUCUUGCUUCCUGGUCGACAUGAGCGCGGACAGCAUUGAGGGUAUCUACGAUACUCUCAAAACCUGUGCCAUGAUCUCCAAGACCGCUGGUGGUAUCGGUCUUAACGUUCACCGUAUCCGUGCUACCGGCUCUUACAUCGGUGGAACUAACGGCUCCUCCAACGGUAUCGUUCCCAUGCUGCGUGUGUACAACAACACUGCUCGUUACGUUGACCAGGGUGGUAACAAGCGUCCUGGUGCGUUUGCCAUCUACCUCGAGCCUUGGCACGCGGAUGUCUUCGAGUUCCUCGACCUCCGUAAGAACCACGGUAAGGAAGAAGUUCGUGCCCGUGAUCUCUUCUACGCUCUGUGGACCCCCGAUCUCUUCAUGAAGCGUGUUGAGGCCAACGGUGACUGGACUCUCUUCUGUCCUAACGAGGCCCCUGGUAUGGCUGAUGUCUACGGCGAGGAGUUCGAGGCUCUCUACGAGCGCUACGAGCGCGAGGGCCGUGGUCGCAAGACCAUCAAGGCUCAGAAGCUUUGGUAUGCCAUCCUCGAGGCCCAGACUGAGACUGGUAACCCCUUCAUGCUGUACAAGGAUGCCUGCAACAAGAAGAGCAACCAGAAGAACUUGGGUACCAUCCGCAGCUCCAACCUGUGCACUGAGAUCAUUGAGUACAGUGCUCCCGAUGAGGUGGCUGUCUGUAACUUGGCCUCCCUGGCCCUUCCCACUUACGUCGAUGCUGCCCGUGGUGAGUUUGACUUCGGUAAGCUCCACGAGGUCGUUCAGGUUCUCGUGCACAACCUGAACAAGAUCAUCGAUGUCAACUACUACCCCGUCCCUGAGGCGAAGAAGAGCAACUUCCGUCACCGCCCCAUUGCCCUCGGUGUCAAUGGUCUUGCCGAUGCCUUCUUGGCUCUGCGUCUGCCCUUCGACUCCCCCGAGGCCAGACAGCUGAACACCCAGAUCUUCGAGACCAUCUACCACGGUGCUCUGACUGCCUCUUCUGACCUCGCCAAGAAGCUCGGUACCUACGAGACCUACCCCGGCUCCCCUGUCUCUCAGGGUAUCCUGCAGUACGACAUGUGGGACCGUACCCCUACCGACCUCUGGGACUGGGCCUCCUUGAAGGCCAAGAUCGCCGAGACUGGUGUUCGCAACUCUCUCCUGGUUGCUCCCAUGCCUACUGCCAGUACCUCCCAGAUCCUCGGUUUCAACGAGUGCUUCGAGCCCUAUACCUCCAACAUCUACUCCCGUCGUGUCCUCGCCGGUGAGUUCCAGGUCGUCAACCCCUGGCUCCUGAAGGACCUCGUCGACCUCGGCCUCUGGUCCGACAACAUGAAGAACCGCAUCAUCGCCGAUGGUGGCUCUGUCCAGAACAUCCCCAACAUCCCCGCUGACAUCAAGGCCCUCUACAAGACCGUUUGGGAAAUCUCCCAGCGCAAUAUCCUGCAGAUGGCCGCCGACCGUGGUGCCUUCAUUGACCAGUCCCAAUCCCUCAACAUCCACUUGAAGGAGCCAACCAUGGGCAAGCUCACCAGCAUGCACUUCGCAGGCUGGAAGAUGGGUCUGAAGACCGGAAUGUACUACCUCCGCACCAUGGCCGCUUCAGCCCCCAUCCAGUUCACCGUCGACCAAGAACAGCUCAAGGUCGAAGACACCAACGUCGCCCGAUCCAAGAAGCGUGUCCCCGGCAACGCUGCUGCUUCUUACUCGGCCGUUCCUCGUGCUGAGGCAUCUGUCCCCACCCCUGCCCAGGAAGCUCCUCGCGCCAUUGUCGUUGAGGCUACUAUUCCCGCCGAGCCUGAGGUGAAGAGUGAGGAUGCUAAGACUGAGGCUGAUAUCUACUCUGAUGCCGUGCUGCAGUGCAGCAUCGAUAACAAGGAGGACUGCCUGAUGUGCUCUGGUUAA